CACAGAACUCAUCUACCAAUAAAUACCGUAGCGGACUGAAACACUUGCAAGCAUUUUCUAGGCUCGGAAAGCGGAGCUAACACCGGACAUCAAAGUCCCUCAUCAAUCAACUUACCUCUUACAUCAUAACAUCCAUCAACCCAACCCUCAUCUUCAACGUCUCCAGCCAUCUUUCGCCUAAACUCAGAAGUUUUCCUACCAGCACAACAACAACAGCAACAAUGUCAGACACUACCCCCAAAGGCCCCUACAAGCUCGUCACCGUAAACACCGCCCCCGAGCGCGCGAAGCGACUGGUCGGCCGCUUGGUCGAAGCCCUAAAGGACCGAUAUGAGAUUGAACAUGUGGCGAACUGCUCUUCGAUCGAGGAGGUAGAGCCGACUGUGCGAAAACACCAGCCCAAUGUUCUGUUCUCGGCAUCAAUGUGGUCUCCUGAACAAGCGGCCGAGAUUCAUGCUAUUGCGAAGAAAGAAGUUCCGGGUAUCAAACUGCAUGCUAUACCCCAGGGUCUGCAGGUUGAGAAGGGUCCAGAUGCGAUUGUGGAGCAUUUGAUGGAGCAGGUGCCUAUUUUGCUGGAGAGCUAGAUCGAGUGUAAGAUGAAGGAAAUCAAGAGAUAUUCAUAUAGCCUUGGAGGCCUUUUAUACAAAUCUCGACUACAUGCGUUAUAGACGAAGACCUAGUACAAACUCUCACACGA